AUGGAAAACAUUAGCAAUAGUCAUAGAUUGGACAGUAUCAGCAAUGCUGUAAGAAGGAAGAGAAGUCAAACUUUUCGCCGACCUCGACCUGAUUCACAGCAAUACAACGAACUCCAUGAUCAGUCAUCAUUGUCAUCAGCGACACCUUCAGAUGAUCAGAGCAAGGUCUCAAGUGAUGAGAAUGCAGGUUGUGAUGCCAAUUCUAAAAGAAAAGAGUGUAGUCUUAAUGAAUGUAUGGCCAGGGUUUCCUCUGCCGUAGGCAACGGCGAAAAACCUCACAAAAAUGGUAGUAAGGAUGGUGAAUUUAAUUCAUUUUACAAUAAUGAGCCAGGACGAAAUGGGAUCAAUAACAAAAGGUCUAGCGAAGGUGUCCUUGCUCCUGCUAAUUGGAAAAGCACAAGCAUAAUGAAGGAUGGUUUGAUAUCAGAGUCAAGAAGUGCUGAUGCAUUUGACGGGAUGAAUGGUGAAAGUCCAAGUACUAGGUUGUCAGGAUUAGAUGGAUUUGGAAAUGAGAACAAGGUAAAAAAGGUUAAGCUCAAGGUUGGUGGUGUCACACGUACAAUUCAGGCCAACUCUGCAUUCAAUGGUACAGCAGAGGGUGGGUCUUCUACGAAGACUUCUCGAUUGUCAGAUGUGUCUAGACAGCGGCAGAAGCCAAAUCUUCCGGAAAAUUCAGAUGAUAAUCAUUCCCCUUCAGAUAAGAAGAGCGGCUUAAAAGGAAUUCCGUGGAAGGAUUUUUCGAGAAGUGGUUUCAGUCUUAGGAGGGAUAAUUGUUCGAUGGGCAGGAUAUCGGGAAAAACCACCUCUGGAAAGGAAGGAGAUAGAUCUGAACCAGUUCGUAAGAGCAAGCGGGUGCCUAAGAGGCGUGUUCUUGAUGGAGAAUUUGGAGAUGAUGAAGAGGAUGACGAGAUUCGGUAUCUGGAGAAACUCAAAACAUCGAAGGUUACUGCAGGGUAUAGAGAAGAUGACGAAGAGUCUAGCAAGAAACAUAGAAAACUUUCUGCAGUUUCUAAUAUUGAUAAUGCUGGUGCAUCAAGGUUGGGAAAAGACCUUAAGAAGAAGUCGAGAACAGAUAGAGCAUCUGGAGACACUGAUUAUGAGGAAGAUGAAGAUUCAUUAUCUGAUGGUGAGCUUGAAGGUAAAAAGAAACAGAAGAAGGAAUCUGUUGACUCUUUGAUGGAUGGUAAGAAGGAAAUGACUCUCACAACUCGUCAACGGGCCCUUCAGUCAAGCAAAGAUGUCUCUUCAUCCCCUGGUUCAAGCUUAAUUGAGUUUCCAAAUGGAUUACCACCUGCACCGUCUAGAAAGCAAAAGGGGAAACUUUCGGACGUGGAGCAGCAACUGAAGAAAGCUGAGGCUGCUCAGAGACGCAGACUGCAGGUUGAGAAGGCUGCUAGGGAAUCAGAGGCUGAGGCUAUUAGAAAAAUACUCGGUCAAGAUUCCAGCAGGAAGAAGCGCGAAGACAAGAUAAAGAAGCGCCAAGAAGAAUUGGCACAGGAGAAGGCUGCUAACAUGUUGACACUUCCAUCAAACUCCAUCAGAUACGUGAUGGGGCCAACGGGGACUGUAGUGACAUUCUCUAAUGAUAUGGGUCUCCCCAGUUUAUUUGACUCUAAACCCUGCAGUUAUCCUCCUCCGCGUGAGAGUUGUGCGGGUCCAUCAUGUACCAACCCGUACAAGUAUAGGGAUUCUAAGUCAAAGCUUCCUCUUUGCAGUCUUAAGUGCUACAAGGCAAUCCAGGAAAAGAUGCAAGCAUAA